AUGAUGAUGGUAGGUAAGGUAGGUAGGUAGAUAGGUAGAGAAGGAGUGCGAGUGUCUUGAAUGGGGGGAGGUUUGGUGGAAGAGAAGAGAUGGAGGAGGAAGGGACAGGUAAGGACUGGAGCGAGUCCGUGGCCUUGUGGAUGCGGCGAGCAGUCAAACGGCGAGCGGCGAACGGAACGGUCGCGGCAUGCUAAACGCUGCUCUUAAAGUGGUCUUACAAUGGUGUAGCGGAUCAGAAGAAAGAACGGGUACGAUAUGGGCACCGCGGUGGUGUGCAUCGUCUUAUUCGCAACGAUCUUCGGCGCGCUGUCCGACUCCCAGGGCUCCAGCCUGAACAACUACGAGGGCCUGCAGGAAUGUCACUCCGUGGUGGACAGCGACAACGACAUCACCGUCGUUUGCCGGCUAAAGACAAUUAAUAGUGAAUUGGAGUUUUGGAACUUCAACAAGAUCCAUUUGAAACAAACGGUGCGGCUGAAGUUGGAGUGCAGCGAUGCUCUCUUCUUCCAGAGUAACCUGAAGGCGGGCAGCUUCAAGGACCUGGUGGAGCUGCGCGAGUUGUCCAUCGAGUACUGCAAGUUGGGCAAUCUCUCGGACGUCGCGUUCAGAGGUCUCCGGGAGCUAAGAAAUCUAACGGUCCGUACUCACAAUACCGAUUGGUCCGCGGUGAGUCUGGACAUUUCGUCGAACACCUUCGCGGAGGAGCUCCGCCAACUGGAGCGACUCGACCUCAGCGAGAACAACAUGUGGACGAUGCCCGAAGGAGUGCUGUGUCCUCUAAAAUCCCUGGAGUUCCUCAAUCUGACGCGCAACCGGUUGCGAGAGGUAUCCAGUUUCAACUUCGUAUCGUCGAGUCCGUCGGAGAGGUGCGGUGCUAGUCUUAGAUUACUCGACUUAUCUCGUAACAACAUCGACCGGCUGGCUUCGGGUCAAAUGUCCACGCUGGUUAACCUGCAGAAGCUCUACCUUCAAGAGAACGGUCUAACACAACUAGCUGAUCGUGCCCUCGAAGGGCUAGUGAACUUAAAUGUCCUGAAACUCUCUGACAAUCGCCUGGUCAGUCUCCCGCCAGAACUAUUCUCCGACACGCGGGAGAUCCGCGAACUCUACCUGCAGAACAACUCCAUCAAUGUGCUAGCUCCUGAUCUCUUCCGACCACUGGUCCAACUCUUAGUGCUGGAUCUCUCCAACAACGAACUCACAGCCGACUGGAUUAACUCCGCCACGUUUAGCGGAUUAGUGCGUUUAGUGGUCCUGGAUCUUUCCUUCAAUCGUAUCAAGAAACUCGAGCCAUCUGUGUUCCGCGAUUUGUAUAAUCUACAAUUCUUAAGACUGAACGACAACAAAAUCGACAAUUUACCCACCAACACAUUCUCCGAGCUGAGCAAUCUUCGUACGCUGUACAUAUCUAACAACAUGUUGACACGUAUAAACGCCGAUACAUUUAGCGGACUGAAAAUGCUGUUAGCGCUUUUCUUGGAUCGCAACCGGAUUUCCUUUAUCCACCACGAAGCUUUAAUGAACUGCCCGCAAUUAGAUGCACUACAUUUGAACGGAAACAUACUAUCGCGCGUGCCAGAAGUUAUCUCCAAUGUGCCAUUGCUGAAAACCCUAGAUUUGGGCGAGAACCUUAUCAACGUGAUUACCAACGACACCUUCGCAGACAUGAGCGACCUUCAGGGUCUUCGACUCACAGAAAAUUACAUCGGAAAUUUAACCAAAGGCGUUUUUGAUAAAAUGACUUCACUCAAUUUGCUAAAUCUCUCCGGUAAUAAAAUAAAGGAAGUAUCUCCAGGAACCUUCGAUACCAACGAAAACCUUCAAGUGAUCAGACUGGAUGGUAAUUAUCUAACAGACAUCACCGACUUAUUCAGCAAAUUACCGAAACUGGUAUGGUUAAAUAUAUCGGAUAAUCAGCUUCAGAAAUUCGAUUAUGCUAUGAUUCCGAGCGGACUCCAAUGGUUGGACAUACAUGCCAAUCAGAUUAAAGAAUUGGGGAAUCGAUUUCUGCUGGAAGAUCAACUUUCGCUUGAAUUAAUAGAGGCAAGUUGUAACCAAUUGACUGAGAUUAUCGGGACUUCGAUUCCGAACAGCGUACAUGAGUUAUUCCUUAGCUACAAUUUAAUUUCGAAAGUGCAAUCCUACACGUUCUUCAAGAAAACGAAUUUAACUAAAGUGGAUUUGUAUGGAAAUAAGAUUACUAAUUUGGAUCAGAAUUCGUUGAGAAUCAUGUCGGUGCCGGCUGAUAAGGAGCUGCCGAAAUUCCAUAUCGGAGGUAAUCCGUUUUCUUGUGAUUGUACGAUGGAGUGGCUGCAGAAGGCGAAUUUGAAUAAAGUGAGAACGCAACCGAUGCUGGUCGAUCUUGAAAGCAUCUAUUGCCAGCUCUUGUAUAAUAGAGGAGGAUCCUAUGUGCCGCUCGUGGAGGCUGCUCCUCAUCAGUUCUUGUGCACGUACGAGGCGCAAUGCUUAACAACCUGUCAGUGUUGCGAUUUCGACGCCUGCGACUGUAAGGUAACCUGUCCGAAGAACUGCACUUGUUACCACGAUCAGAUGUGGAGAAACGCGAAUGUCGUGGACUGCUCAUCGAGUGGAUACGUGGAGGAGCUGCCGGAAAGGAUCCCGAUGUCCGCCACUCAGCUGUACUUGGAUGGGAACGAUUUGAGAGCGCUCGUGAGCCACGCGUUCAUCGGCCGCAAAACUCUCAAAGUGCUCUUCCUGAACAACUCGAACAUAGAGAACAUACACAACCGCACGUUCAACGGAUUGCACCAUCUCGAGGUUCUGCAUCUCGAUGGAAAUCGGAUCGCAGAGUUGUACGGACACGAAUUCGAGGGUUUGGAUAGUCUGAGGGAGAUAUUCCUUCAAUACAACCGGAUCACCCAUUUGAAUGGGACUACAUUCACGGGACUGAAGCAUUUGCGAAUUCUGAAGCUGGAUCACAACAGGAUCAGUGAGUACAGUGUGUGGUAUCUUCCGAACACUUUAUCCGAGGUGACCCUGGCCUCGAACCCUUGGUCUUGCGACUGUGAGUUCACCGAGAAGUUACGUGAGUGGAUGGUACGCGGCGGUGAUGUAGUUACAGACUUGAAUAAUGUGCGUUGCGUGUACAACACAACAGACGUGGACUUCUAUAAUGAGAACAUGUACGCGGAUAACGCGGAUCUCGGGUUCUAUGUGAGCCAGCAGGAAAACAACGGAACCCUUUGCACGGGCGCAGCGAACAUGGACAACAGCAUCAACGGCAAUCUAACUAUCAUCAAGAGACACGCCUUGGAGGAUUAUCUGCCGCCGCUUGUGAUCACGCUAUCCGCGCUCGGCGUCCUCCUCGUCACCAGUCUGCUGGUCUUCAUAUUCAGACAGGAAGUGCGCGUGUGGUGUCAUUCUAAAUUCGGUGUCCGUCUGUGUCACAAGUCAGCGGACUUCGAUCGCGACGAUCGCGAUAAACUGUUCGACGCCUUCGUCAGCUACAGCUCGAAGGAUGAAGCUUGGGUGGCGGAGGUCCUGGCUCCGGCUCUCGAACCCAACUACAAACUGUGCCUUCACUACAGGGACUUCCCCGUCGGCGCAUUCCUCGCCGAUACUAUAGUCCAAGCGGUCGAAUCCUCAAAGCGCACGAUCAUGAUCCUCUCAGAGAACUUUAUCAAAUCGGAGUGGUGUCGUUUCGAGUUCAAGUCCGCGCAUCACCAGAUCCUGCGCGACCGUCGCCGCAGGCUCAUCGUCAUCCUGCUAGGAGAAGUGCCGCAGAAGGAUCUCGACCCCGACAUCAGACUCUACCUAAAGACCAACGUCUAUCUCCAGUGGGGCGACAAACUCUUCUGGGAGAAGCUCAAAUUCGCGCUUCCGGACGUUCCAACAGGACAGCGAAGGCGCGGUUCUCAAAGAGUUCCGCACGUACACCAUCACGUCCAUCGACAUGGAGCAAGGACGCAACAACCAGGAACUGGUCCAGGAGUUGGCGGAGGAGGAGGAGGCGUAGGCGGCGGAGUCACCGGAGGCGGUGGAAAUUGCACCGGAACACCGCGCACAGUCGCCAUACACAUCUAAGAAAUUGUGAUAUAUGAUAUGACUAAAAGUUUUUAAGUGUUGCGAGUGUGCAAUCUCUUCCUUCAUAAUAUUUUUGUUUACAUUCCCGUUAUUCCGUGCGCGCACCAAGUGAUAGUAUACUAAAAAAAAAGAGUGAAAGAGUGAGAAUGUUUCGAAACUCGUCGGACGAAAAAGAAGGACCCCGAGAGUAUAAGAAAGCAAAAAAAAAACAGCAUUUAAGCAGAUUAAUUAUAAUAAACAAUGUAUAUAUUAAAGGACUUGUAUAGAAGCUAAGUACUUGUAAAUCUAUUCUUCUAAUUCUAUCGAUU